AAGAAAAUAGAAUCACCAAAAAAUGAAGGCCAAAUCCAUCCUAAAUAAAUUCUCAUUCUAACUUCUGAAUUCUGAUACUAGGAGUUAUCCUUAGUUUGUAUCAUAUACUACUAUAGUGUGAUUUAACAUACCACCAUACCAUCUCUUAUCAUAUUUGUUGUCUAUUACCAUCAUCUCUUAAUUAAUUGCCUUUUUGAAAUGCACUGUUAUUUGUAUUGUUAUCUCUUUUAGUUUUGUGGCUAAAAAUGUUUAUCAAUCAAACUUCUAGGAACGGAUUAUAAAUAAAUAGUAACUAUUCGAGCAUUUUCUAUUUUUUCUUUUGCUCAUAGCCUCAUAUAUAUAUAAUGGUUCCAAACAUAUUAAUGUUAUAUGAGUUCCAUUGUAUCUACAUAUAUAUAGAGAGAAAGAGUGUUUUUUCAUUUGUAUAGAUUGAAAUCCAAAUGUGUAUUGAAUACGUAUACAUGCAUUUUAGGUAUAGCCUACAAAAAGAAACUCUGAUUUCUAAUUUGGAUGUAUAUAAUAACCAACUACAUCCACCUAUUCUUUUUUGUAACCACAUCCACCUAUUCUUCUCAGACUCUUUUCUACUCACACUAAAUCAAAAACACAAAAUAUAUUUCCCUCUCUAAACAUCUUCCCACCAAAGUAGCCCUUUCGUAACAUUUGAUGGAUCACUCAUCUUCUUCGGAAUCACAUCUUGAUGACUACAGGAGAAGGCCUCAGGCCAAGGCCACAGCGAGAGCAGUGAAUAAUAAUAAAAAUAUCAAGAAGAAAAGAGUCAAAGAAGAUCUUGAUGAUGAUGAAAAGAUUAAUGUUUCAAAGCAUCAAAGUUUUAGAGGGGUGAGAAUGAGGCAAUGGGGAAAAUGGGUCUCGGAGAUCAGAGAGCCAAAGAAGAAAUCUAGAAUCUGGCUUGGUACCUUCCCCACGGCGGAGAUGGCUGCUCGUGCUCACGACGUGGCGGCUUUAGCCAUAAAAGGUGACUCUGCUCAUCUCAACUUCCCGGAGCUAGCCUACCACCUCCCUAGACCGGCUAGUGCCCACCCUAAAGACAUCCAAGCAGCCGCAGCGGAGGCUGCAGCUUCAGUAGUCAUUGAUAUGGACAUAGAGACGUCGUCACCUUCUACCGGAGCCACGGAACUGUCGCCUCCUGCUGUGGCCUCAACAGCCGAUGACGCGUUCUCCGACCUUCCGGACCUCUUCCUCGACGUGAACCACAAAAACGAUGGCUUUUGGGAGUCCUUCCCUUACGAGGAACCCUUCUUCUCGGGAAGUUACUAGAAAACAAAGACGGUGUGGUCUUUGUUUCGUUUUUUUUUUGUCAUGUGAAACUUUUUGAGGUGAAAAAUCACCUGUUGAUUCAAAUAGUAUAAUUAUUUGUUUUUUUUUCUCUUUUUAUUUCUUUUUUUGUAAAACUUUUACGUGGGUAAAUGCAUGUGUGAUAUGUAAGUUUUUUUUUUGCUUAAAGAUAUGUAAGCUAUAAAUGUUAUUUGUUUUGUAACAAAGUCCCAUUCUUGUGUGUAGGCCUGUUGUUUCUUACAACUGUUUAUUUCCCCUAAA